GUGGAUGGUUGCAGGAGCAGAUAGAAAUGUCUCCUUCGUUGGAAUGUGUGUUUGAAAAUUGUACCAGAAAGUUCGAUAAGAAAUGGAAAUUAGACGAACACCUCUGCUCUCACACAGGAGAAAGACCUUUCAUCUGCACGGAGCCAGGGUGUGAUAAGAGUUUUGUGCGCAAAGCGCACUUACAGCGCCACACUUUCUCACACUCAGACGAACGCCCAUUCUCCUGCUCCAUCUGCAACUCAGCCUUCAAAGUGCUCUCCAACCUCCGCAAACAUGAGAAAAUACAUGCUGGCAAGAAACCGUACACAUGUCAUGUUGUGGACUGUGACAGCGCGUUUCUGAAGAAAACGCAGCUUUACUCGCACCUGUUAUCAGAGCAUGCGAUUAGCACUCCUUUCAAGUGUGAAGUUUGUAAGACUAACUUCACAAACCAGUCUCAUCUGAACAGACACACUCAAAACCAGCACUUGUCACGGUUUAUGUGCACAGAUUGUUAUCAGAUAUUUGAUAAGUUCAGCGCUCUUCAAAAGCACCUGGGUAAAGCGCACAAGAAGAAACCCCACUGCGCACAAUGCAGCUUGACUUUCUCAUCUCACACUAAUCUGAACAGUCACAUUUCUAAAGUUCACAUCGGAAAUGACACAGCAUGUUCCAGUUCACAAAGCUCAGUUGAACUGAGAACUGAAGUUAUAACACCUGAUCAGUUAACUAAAGCACCAGAUACUCGUUCAGAUACUUGCAGUGUGGAUAGUAGUGUAGGGUAUUACUCUGUUCAGUAUUCUGAUGAUGUUGAUGAUAUAUUUGAAGAAGAGACGACUGCAGAGGAGACUGAUGCUAGUAUACCUGAGAAUAAGAAAGUUGUGAAAUCGUUUGAAUGUGCUACCUGCCACAAGAUAUUCUCAAGUAAAGCAGUGCUGACCAAACAUAUGAAGUCAGUUCACAAUACCAUUAAUGUUACAGAGUUCAAAUGUUCAGAAUGUUUCGGAAUAUUUAAAUCCAAGUCCAACAUAGUAAAACAUAUCCAGAGCAAACACAAGGGUAUAAAACGUUUCAACUGUGCGAUUUGUCCGAUGAAGUUUUAUUACAAAGCUGCGUUUGAGCGACACAUUGCCACGAUACACAGUGGGAAAGUUAAGGAGCCGAAAAAAGCGUGGAAUAAAACAACCCUUGUUGAAGAUAUUUCAGGACAUUUUGUUGACGAUAAAGUUAAACAUUAUGUUGAGAAUAUGAGAGAGUUGGGAUUUAAAAAGAGGAAAGUACAUGUUGAAGAUGUUCCGGAACAGAGGUUGGGUGUUGAGGGGAGUUAAUUUAUUAACAUUAUUUGUAGAUUCAGAGUUUAAUUUAUUUA